CAGUAGAGCAGGAAGAUCAAGCAGAGUCGAUCGGGGGCAAAAUCCAGUGGCCAUCAUGCCUCGGAAAAAGCACUGCUGCUGCCACUGUAGGCCUAAGAGGCCAGCUGUCUCCCGCUCCAGAAGGGCCGAGCUGCAAUUCCCAGUUAGCAGAGUGGAACAUGCCCUGCGAGAGGGGCACUAUGCCCAGCGCCUGAGCUCCACCACACCUGUUUUCCUGGCUGGUGUUCUUGAGUACCUGACGUCCAACAUCCUGGAAAUGGCCAGCAAGGAGGUCUCUGACAGUGACAGAGAGCGCAUCACCGCCGAGCACGUGGAGAAGGUAGUGCAAAGCAACGAGCAGCUGCGGCACCUUCUGGAGAAAGACACCUACUCUGAAAUUGAAGCAAGAUACCAUCUGAGGGAUAAGCAGUGAUGCCGUGGUGUCGCAGCCCUCACCACCAGUCUCGUCCAGUUCCCCGGACUCUGAAAGACAUGAGAGCCUGUGUGUCUGCCAUCACCCUACACAAUUAAAGGCCAAAUCAGU